AUGGAAAUCAUCGGUUUGAAAAUCGCCACGCCGAAUGUGAGGACAGAUUCUGUAAAAACAAAAAAACGAGAAAUGCGCCAAGGCACGAGAAAUGCGCCAAGGCACGGGAAGUGCGUCAACCCCUCUUAUGAUUCCCUAAUUCAAAAUCGUUGUCCCUAUACCUGUGGUCUGUGUCAUCCAGACCCUACUAAAUGUUACGAUUUCAACAAAGAUUGUGAUAAAUUCACGUCAGAGUGUGGUACGGUAGCAGAUUACACGAAGUCUUGCCCCCAAACGUGUGGAACAUGCGGUUCGACGACUCAGCCAAGUUGUGUAGAUCACUCAGUAAAUUGUCCAAACUACAGUAAUCAAUGUAGCACAGAUUAUCUAAAAGAAUUAUGUCCACUAAGCUGUAACACUUGUAAUACCACCAAAACUACAGUAUCCAUAACUACAGUAACCCGAGGAGUCAGAACUACAGUAAUCCCAAUCAAGACUACAGUAUCCACCACCGCCACAACUACAGUACCCCUAGUCAAGACUACAAAGACUACAACUACAGUACCCCCGCAGACUACAAAGACUACAAAAAUGAUUCCGACUACACCUAAGGCUCCGUGUAAGGAUGCAUCACCAAAUUGUGGAGCAUGGGCGAAGAAUGGAUUCUGUACGAAUACAUUUUAUCCACCGGAGAAGAGAAAAGAAUAUUGUGCAAAGACUUGCAAAUUCUGCUGA